AUGCAGCGUCGGCUCACCGAGGUCUUCGAGGCGCUGCCGGCGCAACACCAGUGGUCUGUGCAUGCGCGCCAGGCGUAUGCGUUUGCCCUGGCCGCGACCGGCGUCCUCGCGAUCGCAAUUCUGGUCGCGGACGCCGUCGUCAACAACUGGGCGCUCAACAACUACCUCGGGGGCGCGUACUUUCUUGCGACGCCGGUGGCCUCGGCGCAGUUUCUUCCGCAGCUCAGUCGCCAGUACUCGUUUGCGCGAGGCCUCACCGUCGGGACUCUCUCGAACGUUGGGUUUUGGAUGGCCAACACGACAGUGCACAAGAUCAGCACCAAGGCCGACGACAUUUACCUUGUCGCGUCCGGCGUGUACCCGCUCACGCCCGACACGGUGCUCUGCCCCAUCUUCCAGCAGACGUACUCGUUCAGAUGGACGCCAACGACCACGAGUGCUCGCCUCGCGCUCGCCUCGGGCGCCAUCACCUACUACCGCGGCAAUGCGAUCACGAACGCCUUCUCGGACGGGAAGACGGCCAAUUUGGCCAACUCGACCAUGCGCAGCGACCAGAUCGCGGCCUUGGGCUACGUCCCCGGGCGCAAUUACGUCGACAUGCGCUUCACGCGAGACAUUGCGAUUCUCAACACUACGCUGCCCCAGACGCAGCUCGUCAACUACUUUCGGAUCUUCCCGCGCACGUUCUGCACGCUCUGCGACCCGGUCGCGGACCUCGGGUACAGCGUCUGCAACAUGACGUUUCUGUACAACGACAGCGCCAAAAGCAUCACGGUCAAGGCGAGUUCGUAUGUGGACGGAUCGACGUACACACUCGGGCUCAUGCUGCGCAGCAACUUUGGCAGCAUCGCGUCCGUCUAUGUCAAGCUCGUUGGUAUCUUCUUUGGGGUCGGCGGGUACCUCGCGAGCCGCCGGACCGUGCAGUGGCUCGACGCGGCCGAGGGGUUCAUCUCGCGCGUCCUUCGCACGGUCGCGCCCAAGUACUAUCCCCAGGCCUCUCACGCGCUGCGCUUCGAUAUGUUUUGCUUCAACUCGGACAUCUUUGUGUUUAGCUACGCGUUGAGCGUCCUCCUCGACAUUCAAAACUGCUUUGUCUUUAUCCGCAGCGUCAAUCUGUACAACAAUCUGAGUCCGACGCCACUCUACUCGCUGCAGCUCUUUUGCUGCAGCAUGCGCUUCCUCUGGGUCAACUGCGCGGUUCUCAAGAUCUGCAAAAAGUGCUUGAACCUCCUCGGGACGGUCUCGUUCAAUGGCCAGAGCGCGCUCAUGGGCGCCCUCAACUGGUCGAGCGUCUUGUCGCUCUACCUCAGCGCCAUUCUGCUCGCGUACGUCCCGCCGUUCAUGGACUACAACAACUCGGUGUCGACCGACCUCCGCAACUCGUUUGAGAAGAUCGACGGCAUUCGCGUCGACUUUUUCAACAGCUUUUACAUGCGCGUCGCAGGCUCGGUGGUCCUCGGCAUGCUGCUCAACCUCGCGGUCGUCACCCUCUGGGACCACGUCUGGAACUGUGCGCACUGGACGCUGCUGAAACAGCACUCGCUUUCACGCCAAGCGAUCGAAGCCAUUUACGUCAUCUCGGCCGGCACGUUCCCGCUGACGCCCGCCACGCCGCUCUGCCCCAUCUUUGAAAAGACGUACCUCGGUGCGACCAACCCGAUGAACAUUCGCCUCGCUUUGGCGUCGGAUGCGCACUCGCUCGCGCGCCAAGCGAUUUACAAUUCGUCGUCGAUCGUCUGCGACUACCUCGACGGCAUCGAAGUCGAGGCCGAGGGCAAGGCGGGCGGUGCCCUUCUCCUCUGCCGCGCGCGUCGCCUCAGCACGCUCCAGUGGUUCUUCAUGAGUCAUCUCACGUGCUUUGGGCUGCCAGAGAAGGAGCUCCGGCAGAAGAAGCAAACAAUCAUCGCGGUCAAGAGCAAGGCGACGACACGGUCCUUGACCAGCGACAAGGCGCCGCCGGCACGGGACCCGUCGGUCGGCAACGACGACCUCCGUGAGACUUCGUACAUGGUCGUCCAGGACGGCGACGCCAACAUCCACCUCAUCGACGGUGUCCUCAGCGACGUGACGAGCCUUGUGUACAACAUCAAGAUCCUCAAAAACACCUCGGUCACCAUCGAGUGACAACUUGCAUAUACGUAAUAGCUUGUGCGUUUCUUG